AUGCCUCUGCGUUUAUUGUGUCUUCAUGGCUGGGGGACGAACCAGAAGAUUCUAGAGUCACAAUUGAGUGGCCUCAUGCACGAGCUCGAACGGGACAACAGUGCGACCUUCUCUUUUCUCGAAGGGGAGAUCGAUUCGGUUCCCGGCCCUGGAAUCGCCGGCUACUAUGAUGGUCCGUAUUACAGCUACUACCGUUUCCCGCGCACGUUCUCCCUCGGAGAUAGCGACGAGUCCGAUAUUCUGGAGGCCUACGAGCAACUCAGUGAAACAGUUGCUUUGGAAGGUCCCUUCGAUGGGAUUCUAGGCUUCUCGCAUGGCGGCACGUUGGCUGCAGGGUUUAUGGUUCACCAAGCCAAGAUGUAUCCGGACCAGCCUGCCCCGUUUCGAUGCGCCAUCUUCAUCAAUUCGCUGCCACCCUUCCGCAUGGCGCCCGGAAAGCGCCCUGUCAUAGACGAGGGAUUAGAGGGGUACAUCUCAAUCCCCUGCGUGCAUAUUGCUGGGGCUAAAGACCCGUAUUUCGAGUACUCACUGGCUUUGCAUCGGCUUUGUGCUGCGAGGUUUUCGAUAUUUGCCGUGCAUGGAAAGGGUCAUGAAGUCCCCGGUGAUGAGAAGAAUGUUGCCAUCAUCGCCACUGCAAUUCGGAAACUUUCCGCCCAGAUUUGGUGA